UAUAUCAUUUCCUCUAUGGCUGAAAUGAACCAUUUUUUUUACUCGAGACUCCUAUCAGCCGCCUUCAUAUCGAAAUCUCGCGAGAUUACCGCUAAGUCUCACAUGUGUGACUUUCCGCCCGCGAGCAAGAUGGCAACCGUGCUCAAGCAUGCGUGGGCUCCUCUGCUCUUGACGCCGUGUCGGAUUAGCUUUGGGAGCCGCCGCGGCAUUCGCGGCCUAAGAAGAAAACCUCUCCGCGUGCUGCCCUCGGUGGCGCAGGUGCAAGAGCAGCAACGGAUCGUCCCCAGCAAAGUUAAGACCCCUUACAUCCCGAAAGCGCCCAGAAAGGAACGCCAGCCGGAACCGGAACAUGAAGAGGCGGAGCUUCGUUACGAGCGGGCCGGACCCAACGAGAAGAGACUGAGGAAUUUGGUGACCCUGGCGAAGUCCAGGGCAUUUCGCGAGAAGCAUGGGAAAAUUCUGCUGGAAGGCCGGAGGCUCAUUUUGGACGCUCUGGAGGCGGGAGCCGUUCCGCAGACAAUCUUCUUUAGCCUAAUGGAGAAUCUGAAGACGCUGCCGGCAGCCAAACUCAAACGGGCCACCCUUGUCAAAGUGAAAUACAACGAAAUCAAGAUGUGGUCGGACGUCAUCACUCCACAGGGGUUGAUCGGCAUUUUUGCCAUGCCCCAUCAGAGCAAAAUGUCCUAUCCCGAAGUCCCGCAGGAACACGCCUUGCCUCUCACGCUGAUCUGCGACAACAUUCGGGAUCCCGGGAAUCUGGGCACCAUCUUGAGGUCGGCGGCCGGAGCCGGCUGCUGCAGUGUGCUGCUUGUCAAAGGCUGCGUGGAUGCCUGGGAACCCAAAGUCCUUCGGGCGGGGAUGGGCGCGCACUUCCGGAUCCCCAUCGUCUCCAACCUGGAGUGGGACCUGGUGCCCAAUUACCUGCCCACCGAAAGCCGCGUCCACGUGGCCGAAAGCCGCCAGGAGGGACCCCCAGGAGAGGCUGAAGGGGCUUCAGCAGCCCCGGCUGCCCGCAGGGGCUCCACCCGGAAGUCCCAGCUGACCCCGUCAAAGGGGAGCCAGAAGGAGGAAGAGGAGGAAGAGGAGGAGGAGGAGGAGGAGGAACGACAAUCGCUGCAAGUCCAGCCUUAUUACAAGCCGUGGAUGAUGGAUGCCUCCGUCGCCAUCGUGGUUGGCGGCGAGACCCACGGGGUGAGCCCCGAAGCCAAACGGCUGGCGCAGAGGAGCGGCGGGAAGCAGCUGGCCAUCCCGGUGGUCCCCGGCGUGGAGAGUUUAAAUUCCGCCAUGGCUGCCGGCGUCCUUCUCUUCGAGGCCAAGAGACAGCUGCUGGUCCCGGAAGGCGGGGCUUCCAGGCUGGAGUUCAAACGAUGAGGACUAGCGUCUUGAAUCUUUUUUUUUUUUUUUUUUUUAAUUUGGGAAGAAAAGAAAGGCUACAUGAUCUCUGGCUGAUCUCCACUUCGGCGUCUGCUGCUUUGCGGCUUCUUGCGUCGGGGAAGAGGCAAAAAAAAGUCAAGAUGUAGACCAGUGUUUCUCAACCUUGACAAUUUUAAGGCAUGUGGACUUCAAC